AUUUUGCCAUGGAAGGAAAAACAGAAAUCUGAAUUCCUGACCAAUUGUAAGUUAAAGAAUCAUUGCCAUACGUGUGAAAGCCCACAUUUCAUUUCGAGUACUAGGACAGCGUAGUUCUAUCAAAAUGACGCAAAUUAAAACUUUGGGUCUAUUAAUCAUCAUCGUUUGUGCCAUACUCCAUACGACCAACACAUCGCCACUUGUUGAACGCGAAGACGAUGUGGAUGGAGAAGAGACCGACCGGGAAUUCGAGGAUGCAUUUGAAGAAAAAUACAAUGAAGAAGUAGCUCGAAGUUUCCAAGAAGAAAAGGUUGAUGAUGCUCGUGAAUUCGAAGAAGAAGUCAGAGAACUCCAGGAUCAACUGUCACCAUAUGAUAAAAGAGAAGAGGAGUCUGCCGGAGAAGUUACUGACAGAGAAUUCGAAGACGCUUUUGACGAAGCAGUGAAAGAGGAAAUGGUUCGCGAUUUCCAAGAGGAAAACAUAGAAGAAGCAGUUCGAGCUCUUCGGGAAUAUCAGGAUCAACAGUCAACAUACGAUGCAAAGGAGGACGAUGCUACAGGAGAAGAGACCGACCGAGAAUUUGAAAAUAUCUUCGAGAAAGCAGUUAAGGAAGAAAUGUCACGAAACUUUGAAGAAGAAAACGUUGGCGAGACCCGUAAUUUUGAAGGCGAAGAUGAAGUGGAUUUUACAGACGAAGAGCGAUCAGAGAAUGAGAGACAGAUAACUGCCGAUUUUGAUGUCACCCCACCGAAGAAAGAAAGCCAGUACCAGCAGGAAGAAGAGGGAUCAGAGAAUGAGAGACAGAUAACUGCCGAUUUAAAUGUCACCCCACCGAAGAAAGAAAGCGAGGUUAAAAAAUCCCGACCGAGAUCUACACAACCAUUGCGGCUGAGCAAGCUAAUUAUUAGACCCGUUUUGACUAAGCGUUGCCAAGGGGAAAAAAAAUUUUCUCAAAGCCAUUGCGCAAAAUACCUUGCAUGCGGAAAGACUAUGUUCCGUGGAGCUGUUAGGACUUGUGAGUCGGGACAGCUUUUCGACGCGACUCUCCAGCAAUGCAGAGACUCCUCCAAGGUUGAUUGCACAAUUUACUAGAUAUAGUAAGCUGAGACCUGAUAAACUGAUACCUCUCAUUUUGUUAUUCCGAACUGACAUAUCCUUUUUCUUCGAAUUUCUUCUCCCUAUUUCAGUUGUUUUACAACCAAAGAAAUACCCAAGCUUCCGAAAACAAACCCGCUUUAAAAUUUUUUUAGACCAAUGGCUAUAAUAAACAGACGAUAAUAACAAGA